AUGAUCCAGUCGUGCAGAGACGAUCCAGCUGAGCCCCGUACGCAUUUGACCGGAUCAGCUCGUUCGUCAGCAGCACGUGGCCAGCGCAUAAGGAUGUCGUUGCUUCCUGUGCCAGCGCAGGUGUCCCAGAAGGACCUGCCUCGGGUUUUUGUGAUCCUAGUGGGUGGCUACGCUUCUGUGGCGUGGCUGGCACUUCAGAUGGACGAGUACUUUGCUGGAGACGACCAAGAAGAGCGCUUUAGCUUCCCCAAUGUGAGGGCAUUUGUUGCGCUCUACGCUGUACUGAUGGUGCUUUCUCGCUUCUACGAGCACGGCACGUACGUUCUCUACGAGAUGUUAUGGGCGUGCAACGUAUCACUCGUGCUUGUGGUCAUGGCCCUCUCCUUUUCCAAGCCCUUCUUGGUCGGCGUGGCGAUGGUGACAGUGUCAGGAGAUCAGUUGCUGUGGUAUAUCGACACGCUCUCGUUUGUGCUCAAGGGGAGGUUCAUCACGGGAGCGAUGCAGUACCUCACGUAUCCAGAAAAUCGCAGUUUUUCCAAGACGUUUUUCGCGACGCACCAUCUGUGGUUCUUGCCUCUUUGUUUCUACAUCACGAACGGCCAUGGUGGCAUGCACAAUUCCAGCUUCGUUGGCUCGUGUAUCUUGACCUCCUUCUUGGCUGCCUUCUGUCGCGCUUUCACGCCUUUUGAAGUCCGUGUGCCUGGCAGCGAACACGUCAUUUACCUGAAUGUGAAUGGGAGCUAUGCGUUCUGGAAAGACAUUGACAUGCCGCUGCUGCAUUUGCUGGACCACCACCAUCCAGUGCUGUAUAUCCCGUACCUUGCGAUUGUGGGGAAUCUUGCUGCGAAUGGGCUUCCACACAUGCUCGUACUCGGCAUCAGCCUCGGACUCCAGCACAGUCCGCUCCUGAAGGGAAUCACCCACUGA